ACUAGUACUCUCCUCCAAGCUUUUGCAGCAGCUAACGACGCAAGCUAGCUAGCUAGCUGCUCACGCUAGCGUCUACUAUCAUCGGUUAGCUGUCAGCCUUGCUGUGACUUGUAUGUAGCCUGAGGCACACACGUACACACAAGGGGCGCUCCUCGCUUACGGUCCACUUGCCCCAUUGACAGUUAAGGAAGAUUUCCUCUUGGCCACUGUGAUCAAGCACUGAUUACCUGCUAUUUUCAAUUUGAUGACAGCACUGUGAGGACACCUUUUCCCCCGGAAUGCCUGGAGCUGCUUUUGAAGAACCAGAAUCAGCUAUGAAACAGACAAGUGAUCGGACCUGUUAAGGGACAGGAAGAAAACCUAUACUGACUGAUUAGCUGCUGCUGCUGCGGCAGUGGGGGACUGGACCAAUUUGGAUCAUCGAGCACAACGACCAUUUUAAAGCAGCCCACUGGUGGCUGUGGCCUGGCCAGAGCUGAUGGACUUCUUGCCAGCUAUUGCUGAUUUAUUCACUUAAUUCACAUCCACUGCAGCCACUGCCCACUUCUGUGUAGUCGCCAGUAUCAUGAAUGGAGGCUGGAGGACACAUUUGUGAGGAACUAAACCCUUGGGAUUUUUUUUUUUUUUUUGCCCAAUGAAGGGGUGUUUUUUAUUUUGAGCCCCAUUUUCUGUGUUGCUUGAAAAAGCAGCUGUGGUUCCUAUAGAAUCUGUAGAAGAGCCUGUAGAAGAUGAAACUGAGGAAACAGGUGACAGUGUGUGGAGGGGCCAUCUUUUGUGUGGCUGUGUUCUCACUUUAUCUCAUGUUGGACCGCGUCCAGCAUGACCCUGCAAGGCGACAAAAUGGUGGAAACUUUCCACGGAGCCAGAUUUCAGUCCUGCAGAACCGGAUAGAGCAGUUGGAGCAGCUGCUCGAGGAAAACCAUCAAAUCAUCAGUCACAUAAAAGACUCUGUGAUGGAGCUCACAGACACAGGAGCAGUGUCUCCCAGUGGCCACCUGCCCUUUAGGAGUGCCAAUGGCUCCUGGGUCCUUCCCUUUGACAGGCGCCCCACUUUCCUCACUGUCAAGCCCCAGGACUGUCAGUUGGCUGCAGGCAGUCAGAGUCAGGCAGAAGUUCAGAUGUUGGAUGUAUACUCCCUUCUCAAGUUUGACAACCCGGAUGGUGGUGUGUGGAAACAGGGAUUUGACAUAACUUACGAUGCUGAUGAGUGGGACAAAGAACCUCUGCAAGUGUUUGUGGUCCCACACUCUCAUAAUGAUCCAGGUUGGGUUAAGACGUUUGAUAAGUACUUCACAGACCAGACACAACAUAUUUUAAACAACAUGGUGGUGAAGCUGACUGAAGAUCCUCGCAGAAAGUUCAUCUGGUCUGAGAUUUCCUUUUUCUCCAAGUGGUGGGAGGGUGCAGAUGCACAAAAGCAGGAAGCUGCACGCAAACUUAUCCUCGAAGGACAGCUUGAGAUUGUCACAGGAGGCUGGGUGAUGACAGACGAAGCCAACGUUCAUUAUUUUGCCAUGAUAGACCAACUUAUUGAGGGACAUCAGUGGCUGGAGAGAAACAUAGGGGCAACCCCCCACAGUGGAUGGGCAAUAGACCCUUUUGGACAUAGCUCUACGAUGGCCUAUGUGCUGAAGAGAGCCAACCUGACCAACAUGCUCAUCCAGAGGGUUCACUACUCAGUCAAAAAGCAUUUUGCUGCCACACGCAACCUGGAGUUUAUGUGGCGGCAACCCUGGGACACUGGUUCCAGUUCAGACAUCUUAUGCCAUAUGAUGCCCUUCUACAGCUAUGAUGUGCCUCAUACAUGCGGGCCUGACCCAAAGAUCUGCUGCCAAUUUGACUUCAAGAGGCUACCAGGUGGCCGUAUCAACUGUCCAUGGAAAGUGCCACCAAAAACUGUGGUUGAAGCAAAUGUAGCAGAAAGGGCACAACUCCUCCUGGAUCAGUACCGGAAGAAGUCCAAACUUUACCGUAGCAAGGUGCUCCUCAUCCCUCUGGGGGAUGACUUUCGCUACGACAAGGCCUUGGAGUGGGACCAGCAAUAUACCAACUAUCAGAAGCUCUUCGAUUACAUGAAUUCUCACCCUGAGAUGCAUGUCAAGGCUCAGUUUGGAACUCUCACCGACUACUUCAAUGCUUUGUAUAAAUCCUAUGGAUUGGCUCAAGGAUCCCGACCUACGGACUUCCCCGUGCUCAGUGGGGAUUUCUUUGCCUAUGCAGACCGAGAAGACCACUACUGGACUGGCUACUUUACAUCCCGGCCCUUUUAUAAGAGCUUGGAUCGUGUCAUCGAAUCACACCUCAGGGGAGCUGAGAUACUUUACAGCUUAGCGGUCGCCAACGCCCGACACCUGGGCAUGGAAGGACGCUAUCCGGUCUCAGAUUACGCCCUGCUCGUUGAUGCCAGGCGCUCUGUGGGCCUCUUCCAGCAUCAUGAUGCCAUCACUGGUACUGCGAAAGAGAAUGUUGUUGUCGACUAUGGCACCAGAUUACUACGCUCACUCAUCGGUUUGAAGAGAGUUAUCAUCAAUGCUGCACAUUUCCUCAUAAUGAAGAACAAAGAAUUCUAUCGCUUCUACCAAACAGAGCCUUUCCUAGAGACGGAUGACAGACGUGCUACUCAGGACUCCCUUCCGCAGCACACUUUAAUCGAGCUGGAUCCGGCAGGGCCAAGAUACCUGGUCCUGUUUAACCCACUUGAGCAGGAGCGGCUAUGUGCCGUGACCGUGUUGGUCAACACUCACAAGGUGAGGGUGCUCACUGAAGACGGACAGACUCUCCCCGUGCAAGUGAGCGCUCAGUGGAGCUCAUCCAAUCAAAUGAGUGCUGAAGUGUUUGAGGCUACAUUCAUGGUGCGUCUACCAUCGCUGGCGCUCACGGUCUUCCAUAUGUAUACCUCUCCGGAUUCGCCCAUGACUCUGCGCUCGGACACCCUUUUCCGGCUGCCGCGAGGCGCCCUGACUGCCCACGCUUUGGACCCCCUACCUGUUCGGUCUCAGCAAAGUGACCCUCAGACCUUCUACAUCCGCAGCCAGUUUCUGACACUGGGCUUCUCUGGGACCACAGGCUUGCUGGAGACUAUCAAACACAAGGAAGAUCCCCAGGAAAUGAAGGUUCAGAUGCACUUCGUUCUGUAUGGAACUCGUCCUUCUAAGGACAAAAGUGGUGCUUAUCUUUUCCUACCAGAUGGAAAAGCAACGCCCUACGACCACCAAGAGCCACCCGUUGUACGUGUGGUUGAGGGACCUCUCUUCUCUGAAGUAGUGGCAAACUACAAACACUUUGAGCAGGCAAUUCGUAUCCACAACGUGCCAGGUGUGGAUGGUCUCUCUGUGGACAUCACCACCACAGUGGACAUCAGAGAUCAGACCAACAAGGAGCUGGCCCUGCGACUGGUCACUGACAUCCAGAGCGGAGAUAUCUUCUACACAGACCUCAAUGGCUUCCAGAUGCAGCUUCGUCGCCGCCACCAGAAACUCCCCUUGCAAGCUAACUUCUACCCAAUGCCCAGCCAGGCCUACAUCCAGGACAACCAUCACAGGCUUACGCUGCACACGGCACAGGCUCUGGGUGUCAGCAGCUUGGAGAAUGGCCAGCUGGAGGUCAUUUUGGACCGCCGACUGAUGCAGGAUGAUAAUCGUGGGCUGGGUCAAGGCCUAAAGGACAACAAGAGGACGAUCAACCGGUUCCGAUUACUUCUGGAGAGGAGAUUGAAGGGAAACAAGCCUGAUGGCUUCUUUGCAAAACUCUCUUCCUUGUUUCACACUCUCCUCCGCAAAAUGUUGAGUGACAGAGUUGAAGAGAUGACAGACAACUCCAUGAUGAUGAGCUUCCCCUCUCUGCUUGGUCACAUGACCAACGCCAUCUUGAAUCACAAUGUUCUGGCGCUACCUGUCCUGCCUAAAAGGCGCGGCGUGCCUCCUCUGCAAACCUUUGCGCCACUCAAGUCAAUGCUCCCCUGUGACUUUCACCUUCUAAACCUUCGCAGCAUUCAAAGCCAAGACCCCAAUGCUCCAUCACCAUACACAGCUUUAAUUCUUCACCGUCUUGGCCUCGACUGUGCUUUGGAUGUUCCAAGCUUGGGAUUCAACUGCACCACCACCCAAGGACAGCUGAAUGUUUCCAGCCUCUUCAAGAACUUGGACCUGCAGCUGCUGCAGCCCAUGUCUUUGACCCUAAUGUACUCUAGUCCACCACUGGCCAACCAUUCCACAGUCAGCCUGGAUUCAAUGGAGAUCUCAGUCUUCAAGCUCAAACUGCGCUAGGAGCUAACGUGAUCCUGCAAGCUCAGACUCUUUAGACCCACGACUGAAGCUUUGGGCCAGAACAGGGCACUCUGAUUUGGCUGUGAUGAACGCAUUGUGCAGAACCACAAACUCUCAUGAGAACACAGCCGCAGUGGGUUCUACUGCGUAAGAAUGUGUUUCAGCCUGGAACUGAACUACUGAAUGUAAAUAUCCCAAUGAUGUGCAAGUGGUAGUAAGAGGGAGGAGAUGGUGGGGUUAAGGGGUUCAUAAAAAAUGUGUGCCGCAGGAGUGCAAUUUCAAAAGCUUUAUUUGUUGUAUUAUGAGCUUUUUUUUCUUCUUAAUUUCCUAUGCUCACACUGAUGUUGGCACACAUUGCAAUCACUUUUUUUUUUCUCCCCAAUUUAAUGUUACAUUUCUUUGUUGCCUCAAUGCAACAAAGACGAUAUCCUGUGUGGAUAUUCAGAGAUGCAAGUGGGUCUCCGCUCUGUGCAGUAACAAGUAGAUCACGUAAGCGCGCUGCUCAUCCUUCAGAGCUUCCUUGACAUCGCGGGCGAACAUUUGUUUUAAGCCUUGUGUUGGCGUGUCACAACUGAGUGGCUGUUGUAUAGUUGUGUUUCACCAACACUAGACUGUGUGUGUGUGUGUGUGUGUGUGUGUGUGUGUGCGUGUGCGUGCGUGCGUGCGUGUUAGGGGCCACCACUUGGGACAUGUACAGUUAGCGGGAUGGAGCAAAGAAGCAUCAAGAUAGAGAUGACAGGAUUUUUUAAAUCUUAUUUUAGUCACUGGUGGCAUCAAUGCAAAUUUUCAUCUUGCUGGAAUUAUUAUGGCCAUGGCUCACACAGUGUUUGGAAAGUCAAAGUGCACUUCUGUAUUAUGAGAAAUACAGGGGAUUGUCUCAAUAAAAAUGUAAGUGCACUGACUUUCUGUACAUCCUGUAGCUGUAUGUGAUUAUAGCAUUAACAAAUCUAAACCAGUGCCCUCCUCCCAUUUUUCCACCAGUGCCCAAUUUAUGGUAGUACAGAUUUUUUGACUGACUGGCAAACAUUGAGUGGUGACUGUGGGGGUGGUAGUCUUGUGUCAUUGUGAAUUCGUGAUGGGUUUGGGGGAUCCCAUGUAUUACUGAUCGGGACGUAUAUGCUCUGCUAUGAAAGCCCCCAGCCAAUUUAUCUGUGCGGCCUGAUGGUUGGGGACUACUGGAUUAAACAACAAAUCUACUGCUGGCGUAUAGAUUUUUAUUUUAUUUUUUUUGCAAAGUGCUAUCAUUUUUGUAUGCAUGGAGUAUGUCAGGGAAAAUUUGUGAUGCUGUAACUGCAGGUUCAGCUCGGUAGUUGAAUGCAAAAUGAUUUCGAUUUCAGCCAUUCGUUUCUAAUCCGUAGAAGUCAAACUGAGGUUUUUGCUGUUAACUUCCCGGGUUUGCUGUCUUUAAAUAAUGACAACCUCACGCAGAUUUGCAAUAAUUAAGAAUCCUAUUUUCAGUUACAGUUUACAUCAGUAAUACCCAUCAUGGCGAAAUCCUAUUGACUAAGUUUGGUCAAAAAAACGACAUGUCUGAAAAAGGACUUUAAAGAAAUGUCUUGUGAAAAUUCCAAUGGCCUGUUUUUCCAGCUGAUGGUUUUAUCAACUUUUCAAAAUUGGGAGGCUGAGUUAAAGUGUAGUGACAAAGUGUAGGUGGCUGAUGUGUGGAGCACUCUGUGCUACAUACAAAAUUCCAUUUGCAUUUCGAAUUGCAUUUUCUCGAGGCUGAGUCUGUGCUCAGCAUGAAGCUGUGGACAUACAUACUUAUGAUUGGGCAUUAAAUAACUGUUUGGUUAGUUCAUUUCCCUCAGGAGGUCUGUCACACCAUGUGCUGCUCUGGCUUCUAUUAACAUUUCAAUGUGACCGCAUUUCAGUUCCUGCUCUUUUGUCCCUUGAUCUCUAGCUCAGCUCUUUCACAAUGUGUCACAUGAAAAUUGUGGAAAUUUGUCUUAAUAAAAUAAAAAUGGUUUAGAAGUAAUA